CUAUUAGAAAUUUGAAAACAAGAAAGAAAGAAAGAAAGGGGAAACGAGACGAGACGAGACUAUUCUUCUUCUUGUUCACCCUGCGUGCACACAAACAUAACCCUUAGCUUACGUUUUCCCCUCACUAAAUAUACGUACGAAGAUGAGGAGAUCAGUAAUGUCUGGAAAUUCAAUAGUUGCAACUUCUUCUUCUUCUUCUUCUUCUUCUUCAGAAGCAGAAGGUGAAGGUGUUUAUAUGAACUACGUUCUGUUUUCUGCACUGGUGGCCUUUGCUCUCGCCCAAUCCAUUAAGGUCUUUACCACCUGGUAUAGGGAACACCGUUGGGAUCUUAAGCAACUUAUUGGGUCUGGUGGCAUGCCAUCAUCACAUUCCGCAACAGUCACUGCUCUUGCCGUUGCUGUCGGUUUACAAGAUGGCAUUGGGGGCUCAACCUUUGCAACUGCCCUCAUUUUAGCUACUAUCGUGAUGUAUGAUGCAACCGGUGUACGAUUGCAAGCUGGGCGCCAAGCAGAGGUUCUGAAUCAAAUUGUGUAUGGACUUCCUGCUGAACAUCCCUUAGCUGAAAGCAGUCCAUUACGUGAACUUCUCGGCCACACCCCUCCUCAGGUUAUUGCUGGUGGGUUAUUGGGAAUAAUGACAUCAACAAUCAUUUACUUAAUAUCUCAUUCUGGUAAUAACACUUGAAUUAUGAGGUACCAUAUUAUAUUUCUUACCUAUCUAUGUGUGAUGCAUGCAUUUCUUUUUUAAAGUUUGUAGAUCUGCUUUUCAUGAUCAUUGUAUAUGUUAAAUGGCAAUUUAGUGUAGUGAAAGUACUAUGUUGUCUGGAUUUUAAGCAAUUAGAUAUUUAGAUGCCAAUGUUUUACCUAUGUUUCUAUAGAAACAAAUUUUAUGUUGGUUGA